UGCCUGACAAACAUAGUGAAUGCAUUACCUUCCUUUUUAAAAAAAGACAAAAUGAAAUAUACUAUUACUAAAGUAUACUAUUCCUGUUCGUAUAAAACAGUUAAGUAUGUUGUGUAAGAGCCACACAAUACAAACAAACCCAGGACCCACUCGUACAAACACUGCUCCAUAGCGCUACUAGUGGUCAAAAAAAGCCACAAGGUACAUUUAAAUUUAAUCUGUUAAUUCCAAAUUCAGUUUAGCUGUUAAUGAAAAAUAUUACUUCAUACUGUACCAGUUUUGCUUCAUAUAAUUUUCCUGGAAAAGGAAAAAACUUGACAUAUGACACCCUGACCUUUACACUUUUGAUUUUUACUCACAGUUAACGUGUUGCUCUUCAGUUAACGCAGUUUUAUCUGACCUUUUGUGGCGCAAUAGGAAUAUAUUGUUUUGUCUCAAGCUUUGGUUGAUAUCAGUCUGUUCCACAUUAACAACUGUCCUUGGAACAGAAACAUGGAGAAGUUAGAUAAGGUAAAGAUAUGAUGUCUGCCCUUUCCUCUACAUUGAUCAAGGCUAGUCAGCAUUUCCUGUCCUCCUUCCUGUUUCCUCAAACCAUAUGAAUCAUCAUAGUUUGUGCUAAGCUUCUCUCUUUGUUAAUACUCCAUUUGAAUAUCUGUUUCUGUGAGCUAUCUGUGUUUUUAGCAGAUUUUGAAUGACAUACUUUACUGUAAUGCAUCCUUGUGUUGAUUCAGUAGAGCUAGAUUCAGUGAAUGGCACCACCGGAGAGAGCAUGUCUCUCAGUGUUGCAGAGAGGAAGAUCCUGGCAGAGGAGUGGUGUCAGAAAGCCAAGGGCAAAAUGGAUCAGGUGCUUGUGCAUGUCGGCUGCAUGAGUCUUAAAGAUUCUCAAGAGCUGGCUCGCCACGCAGCACAGAUCGGGGCUGAUGGGAUAGCAGUCAUUGCCCCCUCCUUCUUCAAGCCCAGCACUGCAGAUGCGUUGAGGACAUUCCUCCAGGAAGUGGCUUCAGUUGCUCCAACUCUGCCCUUUUAUUACUAUCACAUUCCAGCUGUCACCGGUGUUCAUGUGCUGGUGAGAGAUGUGUUGGAAGAUAUUGAGAAGCUCAUUCCUUCCUUUAGAGGUGUGAAGUUCACUGGGAGUGACCUGAUGGACUUCGGUCAGUGUGUCAGCUACAGUCAGUCUCACUGGUCAGUCCUCUACGGCGUGGAUGAGCAACUGCUUGCAGCUCUGGCUAUGGGAGCCCAUGGAGCAGUUGGCAGCACAUAUAACUAUGUAGGAUGUCGUGUCAGCGAGCUAAUUUCAGCAUUUGAGAAAGGCGACCUUGUCCAAGCCAGGACAAUACAGUUCAAGAUGCAAGAGCUUCUCGGUUAUGCCAAGAAAAUUGGCUUUGAUCUGGGAGUGAACAAGCAGCUGAUGAUUGAGGUGUCAGGUUUGUGUCUGGGGCCCCCUCGACUGCCCGUGAUGCCAUGUCCUCAUGCUCACGCUCUGUCCAUUGUACAGAAAUAUCACAGCAUAUUUCCUGAAGACUGACAUGUUCACACUGGAUUGUUGAACCCUGAUGAUCUCUCAAUAAUCCGAUAUUUAGUGGUCACUUAAUUCCUGUUAUUAAUGCUUCACGUGCCCAGUGACUAUGAUGGGUCCAGUUACUGCAUCAUGUUAUACUACUAAACAUCAAUUCGGAAUCAGACAUUUACACUUUGCCUUGAACCUUACCGUUAAAUAGAACAGGAAUAAACCGCAUUUAAAUUUUUCCAACAAAAUGUUUACUUUGUAUUUACGUGGCCAAUAGUUCCAGGUGCACAGUCAGAAACAAUUUAAGGUUAGGUAUACCUGCAAAAUCAAUCCUAAAUAAUCUUUGAAGUAAACAGGAAUUUUACAUUUUUUCCUUUUGAAUGUGCUGGAACUUAAUAGUACAUUAUACUGUGGAGAUUAAAAAACAUCCAAGUAGCAUAGGGCAUCACAAGCAUAUGUUCUCUUGUUUGAAUGUAUGCUACUAGAAUAUUUUCUAUGGGCAUUAUCAGUUGACAUAUUUUUCAUGUGUCAGUCCUUCCCUUUGCUGGAGAAAAAUCUGAUAUAUUGACAAAUAUUUUAAUCACGUUUAUCAUUUCAUAAAAUAUGAAAAUAACUAACUUCCAUUGCCUAGGGGAAUGUGACACUUUUUUACUACAUUUAGAGAAUUGGGGACUGUCACAAAUCAGCAGUAUUAUCUUAUUAUCCUGUACUGUGUAAGACCAGGGCUGAAUCUCAUUUUAGGAACUUGAGCACUUCUAAGCCUUGUUUUGUAAGUCAUGUGGCAUGACAUUCAUAGAAACAAAAAAUGAUCACAGUGAAAAGCAUCAUAGCUUCAUUACUUAAUUCAUAUGAACGUGUCUGACACUCCAAAAAAAGAGAUUCAGCCCUUGUUUUGAGUUAGAAUGCAUACGUUGUUAUUAAAUGUAUACUUUCUAUAAUGGCAUAUAAAGGGAAAUAUAUAGUAUUGUGUAAUGAUGAAUCCAUGUUUUGUAAUAUUGUAACACAGUCACUAAUGUCGUACUAAUAAAUGUGCUGAUCCAUUUGUUGGGUCACACUGA